UGCUGAAUUGUAGGUGAUGAUGGCGGAAGGGGAGCAACGCUGAGUUUCAUCUGAGUUUUUGUCACAGCUGUAGAACCAUCUACAACAUCGUUUCUCUCGGUCGAGACCUAUCCAGAGACGAUGGGAAACGAGGCUAGUAUGGAAGGGGAGGGACAGGCGGGGCAGCCCGGCCCCGCCGUCCCUGCAGCAGGGGCUCCGGCUUCCAUUUCAGCACCACCGGACUCUGGACAGCUCAUCAAGCCCAGCAAUGGAGCGCCAGCCGGAGGAAGUGCGGCUGGACCCGGGCCGGGGAUUAACAGACCACCUCCGUCAGACCCCGGGCCUAAAGCUGGAGUCCAGAGCAGUCAUGCGACAGGGGACAGAUUGGCCUCCCAUGAAACACCACAGCAGCAAGGAGAGCAGGGCCAGGGUCACAUGUCCAGGAAGAAUCUACAGGUGGAUGUGGGUAGCAACAGGACUGGGAGGUCUCCUUCUGUGUCCCCCGACCGAGGCAGUGUCCCCACCUCCCCCUACUCUGUGCCUCAAAUUGCACCCAUGCCCAGCAGCAAACUGUGCCCCGUCUGCAAAACCACUGACCUGAUGGGCGCUGGGGAUGACAAGCUGAACGUCAACACCUGCACACAGUGCCACUCCAUGGUGUGCAAUCAGUGUGGCUUUAACCCCAACCCUCAUCUCACAGAGGUGCAGGAGUGGCUGUGUCUUAACUGUCAGAUGCAGAGAGCUUUGGGGAUGGACAUGACCACACCACGCUCCAAGAGUCAGCAACAGAUACACUCUCCUUCUCAUGCAGCCAAAGCAGAUCUGACUCAGCCUGCACCCCAGACACAGACCCCUCCUCAGACGCAGCCUCCAGCUCAGGCUCAUCCAGUGCCUGGCCCUACCAAACAACCAGGUCCAGCUGGUCCAGAUCAGCAACAAACAAAGACCCUUCCAGGUGCAGUUCCCCUUCCGGGCAUGGCAAAGGCCCCAUCCCAGCCUGACCUGUCCCGUAGUUCCCCCGCCCACCACGCCCAGCACCCUCGCCAGGACCAGACGCGUAGCGCAGGGAGCUCCCCUUCACGACAGCCCCCACCUCCAGAGCAAACUUUUGGGAAGUUGUUUGGCUUUGGUGCUUCUCUUCUCAACCAAGCCAGUAACCUCAUAUCAGAGACUACCCAACCCCAACAACAACCCCAGAAACCAGCCCCGAAACCAGGAGGGCCUCCUGGUCCAGGACCUGGGGCAGGUAAACCCUCAGGACCCCAGCCUGCACAACAAGGGCCUCGAGCUCCUCCUCAGCAGCAACAACAACAGCACGCUCCCCCAGACUCCUCCAAGUCAAAAACUUGUUGUCCCCUCUGUAAGACAGCUCUCAACAUCGGCAACACUGCAGAACCACCAAACUACAACACCUGCACACAGUGCCACUCCCAAGUGUGCAACAUGUGUGGAUUCAACCCCACUCCGCAUCUAGUUGAGAAGAAAGAAUGGCUUUGCUUGAACUGUCAGACACAGAGGGCUCUAUCAGGAAGUUUGGGAGAUAUUCCAGCACCUGUCCCCCAGCCUGUGGGGUCGCCUCGGCAACCUGUUACAGCCAAUCAACAACCACCUCAACAGAGAGGACCCAGUCAAGUUUCAGGGCCUAGGCCCGUAGGUCCUCAACAACAACAGAAAGCACCGGGUCACCAAGUAAGUGGCCCUCUCUCUCCUGUGAAACAGGCUGGACCUGCCCCUCAAACCAAGGGGCUCAGCCAAACUGCCCCUCAAACUAAAGGUUCUGCCCAAAUUGUUCCUCAACCCAAGGGUUCAACACAGCCACCUUCCCAAAUCAAGGGUUCAGCACAACCCCCACCUCAGAGUAAAACUCAAGUUAAAGGUCCCAGUCAAACACAUGCUCAAAGUAAGGGCCCUAUUCAGUCUCCUAAUCAAAUAAAGGGCCCAAGCCAGGCUAAAGGUCCUGCUCAGACAAAGGGACCUGCCCAAACCUCUGCUCAGGCAAAGGGUCCUCCCACUAGUGCAAAGCCUUCAUCCACACCUGGUAAAACAGCACCUAACUAUGCCAAGGCUUCUCCCACACCUUCCAAAACAGCACCUACUCAGUCUAAACCUACAGGUAACAACCAGACUCGCAAACAACCGCAGAGCCAGAAGGACACUAAAGUUUCUUCUAAAUCUCUAAAAGAAGACGUCAAGGCCCCACCAAAGAAGUCAUUGACAGAGACUGUCACUUCACCAAAAGACACGAAGAUAGCUGAAGAAGCACAGAAGUCAAGACACCAUGAAGACUUCAACAAGUCAAGUACACAAAGUUUAAGUGACACAGGCUACUCUUCAGAUGGCAUCUCCAGCUCACAGGGGGAGAUUACAGGCCAGAUACUGGAAGAAGGGAUCAAGCUCAAUGAAAGAGGUGCUUCCAUUCCCUCAGAAAUAACCAAGCUGGAAAGCUCCAUGAAGCCUCUACUGGAGUCGAAGGCUGCCUCAGACCAGAAGCUCAGGCCACAUUCACUGUCUGUUGGACAGGACCGGGACUACAAUCCUGACGAUGAUGCAGCAAGAGAUGAAUCAGAAGAUGACCUCAGCUGUAAGCUUCGCCAUGAUUAUGUGGAAGACAGUAGUGAAAGUGGCCUCUCACCAUUGCCAGUAAGACAGAAGAAAUCACAUAAAGAUUUAACAGAUGAGGAAUUCAUGAGGAGGCAAAUUAUGGAGAUGAGUGCAGAUGAAGAAGAGACAGAAGACUAUGGAAACCAGAAAACUAAAAGGGCGCAUAAAACAAGUGGGGAUCUGAAAGAGAGACGACGACUCUCUCACCAUUCCAACAGUUUUGAGGAGGAAACCAAGGUAUCAGAAGGUGCCUAUAAGACAAAUGAAGAAGAAGAUGUUGGAAUGGCCUCUCAGGGAGGCCUCCGGAGAUUUAAAACUAUUGAACUGAAUAAUACCAAUAGCUACAACCGAGAUAUGGAACUCAGUGCUGAGCAUGACUUAAGAGAACCUGAGCUAGAGAUGGAAAGUCUGACUGGAUCUCCAGAGGAGAGGUCCAAGGGUGAAUACUCAUCCACUUUGCCUGCUACCACUCCCAGCUACACUUCUGGAACAUCUCCCACAUCUGUGUCAUCUAUGGAGGACGACAGUGACAGUAGUCCUAGUCGUAGAGCAAGACUAGAGGAGGCAAAGCAACAGAGGAAGGCAAGACACCGGUCCCAUGGACCACUGCUUCCCACUAUUGAGGACUCAUCUGAGGAAGAUGAGCUUAGAGAGGAGGAGGAACUUCUUAGAGAACAGGAGCAGAUGAGAGAUCUGGAACAACAGCGGAUUCGAAGUACAGCUAGAAAAACAAAGAGGGAUAAAGAGGAGCUACGGGCACAGAGACGCAGAGAAAGAUCCAAAACUCCCCCCAGUAACCUCUCUCCAAUUGAGGAUGCAUCGCCAACAGAGGAGCUAAGACAAGCUGCAGAAAUGGAGGAGCUUCACAGAUCAUCAUGUUCUGAAUACUCACCAUCCAUGGACUCAGAGGCAGAGGGUUUUGAGAUUAUUGGUGGAAAGCUCUAUAAAUCAGGGAAUGAAUAUAACCUUCCAACCUUCACAUCUCUAUACUCACCUACAGAAAAGACAUCAGCAAUGUCACCAUCUGAUAAAACACUAAAAAGUGCAGAAGAGGUCUAUGAGGAGAUGAUGAGGAAAGCACAGCUUAUGCAAAAUCAAGGACAAGCAGUUAAUCUGCAGAAAGGUUCCUCUCAAACUGAGAGUAAACAUCAUCUUGAAGCAGGAACUUCCUUGACUCCUGGCUCAAGCCCUACCCAGGUUACUGCACCCAUGUCCUUCUCAUCAACCGGAAGUGAUCCAAGAAUUCCAGGAAUGCAUGCUGCACAACAUUUAUCAAAAGAAACACAAAAUAGGAUGAUGACACAGAGUGCCAAAAUUGAAGGUGUUGUUGGAGUUGCCACAACAAAAGCCCAAGCCAGUCAGGCUGCCACAACACGACAUGCAGGUAGCACAGUUCCUGCCAGCAGAGCAGGUGCCCAGAGGCCAGCACAGACAUCACCUGACUCUGGAUCAUCUUCUAUUACCUCCAAAGUUUUCUCCCUUUUUAAAGGUCCUAGCCCCCCUGUUUCCCCCAGCACUUCUCCAGCACAAAGCCCAACACAUACACCAUCUCUAAGACCCACAGGUGGUAGUGGCAGGCAGCUGCCAACCUUGCCGGGUGGUCCUCCUGCAGCAUCCCAUGGAGCCCAAGCACCUCAAAGGGCAGUUUCACCACGUCUUGCUCGACAACAAUCCUCUCAGGAUUCACCAGUGAUGGUGAUUACACUGGGCUCUGAAACAACUAGUCCUUCGAAGCCACUUACCGUAAAUUCUUCCACUUCCCCUUUGUCAUCACCCACACAGGCCAGCUGUAAAACUUUGUAUAGCUCCCAGCCCCCAUCAACAAGCUCUCCAACAUCACCACAAAUACAUCCUUCAAAACAGUCUCCUAAACAUUCUGCUCAUGUGGUUGAAAAGGUCAAUGUAGGUAUUAGCACAGUGACCACAACUGCACACAGUCGUGGAUCACUUUCAAUGGAAAAUAUAUCUCAAUGUAAAAUUUCAAAUAUUCCAGGCAUUUCAAAGGUUGUAGGUCAGAGCCAAACACUUUCAAAUACUAAUGUGGUAGACCUGAGAGCCCCAAUGAGGCCGGCACCAAUUAUAAUGACAGAUCAGGGGAUGGACCUAACAUCUCUAGCCUCUGACACAAGAAGAUACUCUUUAGGAGCAGAACAGCCCCCUGGUCGUCACACAGCAGUACAACCUCUUAUCAUGAAUUUAAAUGCGCAAGAACAACCACAUGUAUCUGUAUCUACACCUACCACAGUUAGUGUCACUGUUGCAGGUUCAAUGUUCAUGUCCCAACCCAAGCAACCAGUAGUAUAUGGAGAUCCUUUGCAAAACCGUGUAGAUCUGGGGCAGUGUGUUGGGGCAGCUGUGUGUUUAACCCAAACCAAGCCACCCAUUACUGAUCCUUCUAUUCCCAAAAUUGAUGCUUGCCUUGAGAACCUGGGUAUACAACAACAACAACUACAGUUACAGCAACAAAAGCUACUUCAGCAACAGCAGCUCCUUGAGCAACAGCUCCAACAGCACCAUCAGCAAUCAUCUUUUGCUCGUUACAAUUUAGCGAAUCAGGUCCAACCACUGCUCAUGAAAAAAGACCUUGUAGUGAGCCAGACAAGCAGUGCCCAACCUAUAGUGACUGCUAGUGCCAUAACUAGAGUAUCUCCCCUGGGUUCACAUUCUGUGUCUGGGGCUCCUGCUUCUAAUGCCCCCCAGGAUAUCUAUGGGGGAAUUGCCUUAGAGCUAAAAAACAAGCCGACAGUGAUUAACUUAUCUACAGGUAAGCCCCAUGUAAUGAUGGUGCAACUUGAUGAGAGUAAUGCCUCACAGGGUGGCACAGUGACACAGCUGGUAAAGCGAGAGGAGCCUCCUCCGCCUCCUCAGGUCUUGGAUCUCACAGGUCAGAUCAAACCAGAAAACCAAGUGGCUUGCUGUGAUGUUGUUUACAAAUUACCCUUUGCAGGUUCAUGUUCAGGAUCAUUCAGCCAAAAACCUAACACAGUAUCAUCAGAAAAGAACCCUAUAACAGAAACUUCUCAAGCAGCUCAACCUCCUCAUCCUCAGUACAGUGUCAGCCAACAGCAACAGCAGCAACAACAGCUGCCUCAAGUUUCACAAGGAAUGACGGAAGAACAUAAAACAUACCAAGCACCAUUGCUCCCCUCAGGAAGAAUACAACCCUCUAUGUCUGAUACCAAUCUGCCUUCCAUGACAGAUGCUGGUCAGUAUCAGAGUAACAUCCAGGGAGGUGUAGCAGUAGAUCUUAGCAGCAUGAAUCAGGCUUAUGAAGGUGGAUACCUUGGCAUGGGAGCACAGUAUGGAUCUUAUACAGAUUUGCGUCACCAGGGAGAUUUAACAGGGCCAUCAUUACCUCUUCGUCGAUAUGGCUCCAUGUCAAACAUCAGUUCUGACUAUGCCUACAGCUCACAUAACCUGACAGGGUCACAAGAUUCUAAUCUGGCACAGUACAGUGCAACCACUGCCAGGGAGAUCAGUCGCAUGUGUGCUGCUCUUAACUCAGCAGACCAGUUUGGAAGCAGAUAUAGACACAGCCCUGAAUUGCUUCCCUAUGGGGCUGGAAGGGGUGGUUCUUUAGGAAGGCUAAAUCUCCAGCAAAGCUUAGCAUCAAUAAGAGCCAACCUACUAUAUGGCCCAGAUGGAAGACCAACAGCAAAUGGCCAAACACUAACAAACCUGAUUAAUGCUAGACAAGCAAGUAUACGCGCCUUGUACCCUGCUGCUAUGAGAGGAGGUGAUGGGAUGAUAUAUUCCACCAUAAACACUCCCAUUGCCUCUACCUUGCCAAUUACCACCCAGCCAGCCCCUGUUUUGCGUCCCAUGUCUGGAGGAAUUUACAGACCAUACCCUACAGGUGUAACUGCUGUACCAUUGGCUAGCCUUACAAGGUUGCCUCAAGUGACUCCUAGAAUUCCUCUCUCCACACAGGGACAGUACCCUUACCCUCCUUCCAACCAGUAUCCCACCUCAGCCACACCAUCAGGAACUGUGCCUGUUGCAAGCAGCUCACAGCAAGAAACACCUAUGUACCUUGGAAAACCUUUAACAACAGAUGCUCCACAAACAGCUGCACCGAUUACACCAACCCAAACUGCAGCCCAUGUUUCAGCUCCUGGUAUGCAAAUCACAGCCGAUCAACAGGCAGUAUGUGCUCAACUUACCUCUGUGACAGCCCUCUCCCAAAAUCAAGGCCAACCUCCAUCCAUCCAGCCAGUGCAGGUUCAAAUGCAGCCACAGCAGCUGCCCACUCAAACUGAACCUUUAUCUUUAACCCAAACUCAAAGCCAACCUAUCAGUCAACCUCAACCUUCAGUUCUGCCACAAGGUCAGCCUCAAGCAACACCCCAUGUGUCUGCCAUCGGGGCAUCAAGUUCCAAAGUUUCUCCUCCUGUAGAAGCACAGAAAGGUAAAGAAGAUGAAAGAUUGAGUCAGCAACAAGAGCAUAUGCUGCAGCUAGAGCGAGAGAGAGUUGAACUGGAGAAAUUAAGGCAGCUGCGUCUGCAAGAGGAGCUUGAAAGAGAUCGUAUGGAACUUCAAAGGCACAGAGAAAAAGAACAACUACUUGUUCAGCGUGAAAUCCAAGAAUUGCAGACAAUCAAACAGCAAGUUUUACAGCAGCAGCAAGCAGAGCGAGAGACACAGCUCAUUAUGCAAAGGGAACAACUGGCCCAGCAAAGAAUGCAGCUUGAACAGAUUCAGUCACUCCAGCAGCAGCUCCAACAGCAAUUGGAGGAACAAAAAAGACAGAAGACAGCAGCAGUGGAAGCAGCAGCUGCAGCUGCUGCAGCAGAGGCGGCUGCUGCAUCAGCAGCAGCAGCGGCUGCUGCAACAUCCGCACAGGGUGCUUUGCAAGGGGUAGUUGUUGGUGGAGGGGCCCCUCAGGGGUUCAUUAUCUGUGACCAUAGCGGUCGGGUCAUUCAACAAGAUGGACAAAGCGUUCAGUUUUGGCAGGAUGGUCAGGUGGUCCAAGCUGUGAUGGCUGCCCGGCCAAUUCAAAGUUCUGCCUCUGAAAUGUCAUUAAAAAGUAGUGACAAACAGUCUGAUUCCAAGAUGAUGAAAAAGCAGAAUUCCAUGCCCCGUCUUAGGGAUGGCUCAGAGGAGGACUCUGUGAAGAGGAUCACUGAUAGCUGUGUGCAAACAGAUGAUGAAGAUGGAGAGGAAAGAUUCAUGAACAGACGCAGGAGAACAAGGCGUAUUGCUGACUGCAGUGUGCAGACAGAUGAGGAGGACCAGGGAGAAUGGGACCAGCAACCAGUAAGGCGCAGGCGAUCAAGGGGUUCCAAGCACUCUGAAUCCAGUGGUGAGGCCAAAUCAGAAGGGUCAUCUAAAGUGGUCUCUGCAAGCAUAGCCAUUCAAACCACGAAUGAUUCAUCAUGUCAGACAGAAUCUGACCAGCUAGGGAGAGUUUCACCUGCAAUCCACAUAACCAUGGCAGAGACCUCAAAGGUUGACCUGUUACAUUACAUAGCAGCCCCUGAGAGAACCCACAAAGGAGAGAGUCUGGCUUGCCAAACAGAACCAGAAUCUCAGUCUCAAGGUGUGGUUGCCCCUCAGUUGAGCGUUCCUACAACUAUUAGUCCAUAUUCCACAAGUCUGCACAUAGUGGGUGCAAACACAACCGACCCGGCUUCUCCAAGACUUCAAGGAGUUGCAAAGUUUGAGAGGAGGAAACCAGAUCCCCUGGAAAUUGGCUAUCAGCAGAAUGAGUCUCCAUCUCGGCAGCCCCCUAAGUCUCAGGUGCUAUACUCCCCAGUAUCUCCACUGUCACCUCAUCGUAUGCUGGAGACAACAUUUGCCUCCCAGGAGAAGCUUAACAAGGCCCACGUUACACCACAGCAGAAGGCCUUUACUGCUGAAUCACCCCAGCGCCACCAAACCCUCCCAAGACCGAUAAAAAGUGUGCAGCGCUCCAUGUCGGAUCCCAAGCCUCUCAGCCCUACAUCAGAGGAUCCAGCAAAGAACAGGUUCUCCCCGUACCAUCAGCAAGCUGUGUCCAACAGUCAGAUGGCCUCCCUGCAGCAGCAGCAGAACUCUCUGAUGAGGAAAGUAAAGAGGACUCUCCCCAGCCCCCCACCAGAGGAGACUCCACUCCCCAUUGUUACUCCAGCACAAAUGUACAGCUCUCCUGGCAUGCCCCAGAGAGUCCUGCCCAGGCCUGCUCAAGGAGUCACCAAGGCUGGUUUGCUGAGUGAACUAAAAGCUGUGGAACAAGAGUCAUCAAAGCUCCGUAAGCAGCAAGCUGAACUGGAGGAAGAAGAGAAAGAGAUCGACGCUAAGUUACGUUACUUGGAGCUAGGCAUCACACAGCGUAAAGAAACAAUGGUGAAGGAGAGAGAGAGAAGAGAGCUGGCCUAUCUGCGGUGCAUGGGUGAUGCUCGGGACUACAUGUCAGACAGUGAGCUGAAUAAUCUCAGAAUGGCAGCUGCAACAGGAACAUUUGAUGCGAAUGGUCUGCUGACAAGGCCCAACACUGCACCACUGAGUCAGUUUAGCAAUGACCUCAAUGCAACUCCCCAGUAUCCAUCAACAUCCUCCUAUAUGUCUUACCCUUACCCUCAAAGUCAACCAUCAACACAGCAGCCAGCCUCUGCUUACCAACAGAUAGGUUUCCAACCUCCUCAGUAUCCUUCAUCCUCUGCUCCCCAGCCAGGAACAUUCCAGCCACAUCCCCCUCCAGGCCCUGGCUACCAGACCCAGGCAGCCUAUUCCUCCAGAAUGUAUGGUCAGUCUUCUUAUCAGACAGACAUUAGCAUGCAGCAACAUAGUCACCAGGGCUUCCAUCCACCUGGUCAACCUAUGCCAGCCCAGAGCCUUCCCUACCCCACCCAUAGCUCUUAUCAACCUGGCCUCUCUUACCAGCCACAAGCAGAGAUACUUACAGUACACCAAAGACCGCGGCAGACUUCUCUGGCUGAUCUUGAGCAAAAACUCCCCACAAACUAUGAAGUCAUCAGCAACCCAGCAGUGUCAGUGGCCACAUCAGCUCCAGAUACCAGCUAUGGCUCAGUCUAUAGCAACGCAUAUGGACAGUACCGCCCCCCGGAGCCUGGUCUUACUCACUCUGUGGACAGCCCGACAUCUGCCUAUGCUUCAGAUGGAAUGUAUACCUCCAACUUGGAGCAAAACAUUCCUAGAAACUAUGUCAUGAUUGAUGACAUCAGUGAAUUGACCAAAGACAGCACUAGUCAACCAACUGAUGCUCUUGGACAUCCUGUUGGAGGGCGUUACCGUGGAGAGAAUGGUCAGGUGCGUACUUACGGUAGGCCUGAAGAUGAGCCUGUGGAUGCUUAUGGCAGACCUACAGGUACAAUGGGUUACCAGAGCACAGUGGAUAGCCGUACCAGCACCACAGUGAGUGGAGGCUCCUCUUAUUAUUAUGACGAUUAUAAACAUGGAUCACGAAGUAGCUCUAGUGGCCACAAGCUCACAACUAAAAAUCUUGCCCCUGCUGUAGUUUCCUCUAAACGUAGUAAGCACAGAAAGCAGGGAAUGGAGCAGAAGAUAUCCAAAUUCUCCCCUAUAGAAGAAGCACGGGAUGUGGAGUCUGACCUUGCAUCUUAUACCAUGACAACAUCAACAGGAGGCAGCUGUACAGUUGUAUCCAGGUCCAAGAAAGGUCAGGAUGAUGGCACAUAUGGGAUGAAAAAGAAUGCUUAUGACCAACAGAAAUACUACGGGACAAGUCGUGAGGGUCUUGAGGAAGAUGAUCGCAUGUACAGCUCUGGAAGAUCCAGGUCUACUGGAUAUGGUAUGGACAAGAUCUCUUCUAGAGAUGCCACAGGCCACAGAAGUAAAUCAUAUGAGAGAGAUGCCAUGGAACGAUCUCAAAGAAGCAGCCGCAGUGGACGGGCUCCCAUGCGCACCCAGAAUUCCGAAGAGGAGAGCCCACUCAGUCCUGUUGGGAAACCUGUUGGCAUGGGAAGAACUGCAGGCAUGUCAGAUGCCCAUGAUGUUCGGAACCAGUAUGGCUCCAGCCAUUCUCUGCCUGAUGUGCAGGACCACCAUAAGAAGGAUCUGCCCAGGAGUCACGUCUAUAAGCCAGAUGAUCCUUACCUUGUAGAUGAUAUGCACUGUGCUGUUUCUGACAGUGAAGCCUAUCAUUUGGGCCAAGAGGAGACUGAUUGGUUUGAGAAGCCACGGGAGGCCCGUUCUGAUCGAUCAAGACACCAUGGAAGUGGCAGUCAUUCAUCUACAGGUAGACGUAGUAAACACACUUACCAUGAUUAUGAUGAACCUCCAGAGGAAUAUGGUCCCCAGGAUGACUACAGCCAGCAGCGCCACUCCUCCUCCACCUCACGGGAACAUCGGCACCACGGCAGCAGCUCUGGAAGACACAGCUCUUCCCGUCACUCCUCAGAGGAUCCUAGGUCCUCUCGGUCUUCCAGGACCCACCCCAAAGACUCAUCGGGUCGCUCUGAUGGCAGAAGCUCCUCCUCAGCUGUACAGAGAAGGCCCGACUCCCGCUCCUCGACGGGAAGCCCCCGAAACUCAGGUGACUUCUCUCGUGACUCACCCUCUAGUCAUCAUCAUGGCACUGGAGGAAGGAGCCAGAGGUCGCAAGGAGACCGCACAACAUCCAGGAGGCAGGAUCCAGCUGCAGCUGGGCCCAAACAACAGCAACAGCAGCAACAACCAUCUCAGGGCCAUGCUGGCCAGCCGCGGUCAGGUGGUCAGGGUCAGGCUCUGAGACAUCCAGGCUCUGAACCAAUGGAUGGCACACAGCAGGCCCAGCAGAGUGCACAACAGCAACCGCAGCAGCAACCACCGCAGCACAGCCAGACUCCUCCAAUCAGCCAGCCCGCAACCACCACUGCAGCAGGAGGACCAGCACAGCAACAGGUCAAAUCUGGCCAAACCCCACCACCAGGACGUGGGGGGUCUGCAGCAGGGCAGCCAGCCACCACAGCGGCAAAAAUGGAUACUACACCUGCAGCAGCUGCCACGGGAAUGAAAGCUACAACUGGAGUCCCAACAGCACCUCAGCCUACCAAAAUAGCUACACCACCUCUAACAGGCAUUGGCUCCAAGGCUGCUCCCGUUGGGAUUGGCAGCAAACCUGGAGGUAUCGGCAGUGCUGCAGCAGGACAGGCCCCUGCUGAAGGGGAAAAUGUUCUCUCCAAAAUCCUGCAAGGAGGGGCAGCAGAGCAGGCGGGAAAACUGGGAGAUGCUUUGACUGGCCUCGGAAAGAAGUUCACUUCAUUUUGGUGAAGUGAAGAGAGGAUAGGUGUGCUCAGUUGAAGUGAGAUGGAUCGGUGGCAUUGUACUGGAAAAACCUAUGAAAUUGCAUUAAAUACAUUUCAAUGAAGGGAGACCCUGAAUGCACCAAGUCGGAAUCAAAGGGUGCCUUGUCAGCACUGAAUUCCCCAGACGUGGGUAUACAAUUGAAGGGAAUUAAAUAAGGAUGAUCGCUUUGUCAGCACGGUGUUAGAAGACACGAGCAGAGGACUGAGGAGGCUUAAAAGAGGACAUCAGUCAAUAAUGAGGAUGUGUGUGAAGCUGAGGAAGAAGGGGGAGGGAGGGCUCAGGUCCCGUUUCCUCUCUUCUUCUAGUGGGAUCUUACUGAAGCACCUGUGUAUCAUGGGAGAAAUUCAGUAUGCUCAGCCAUGCAUAUCCCUUAUUGCCCACAAAGGAACCUUCACAGCGCCCUCUACGGUGAUUUUACUGGAAUGCCAGUCAUGUCUGAGGAUUGCACAUCUGGCAAGGAUAUCCGAUUCCUGAUUGAUGUCUUCAGAGACUCCUCAUGCAAAAUAAAGUGAGAAAAACACCAAAUUUCAUAGGUUUUCCCUGUACCAAAGAGAGUGACAUUAUCCCACAACAUGACACGACAUACCUGGAGUUGACAAGGUGUAUCACGGCAAAGACAACCAACCUGACUCCACCAGUCCUUGAAUGCUUGGUUUCUCUGAUCUCUACAGUACAUUCCAGUAUAGGGAAUUUAACCCCUUCUUUGAAUGUGUUCUCAGUUCUCCUUUUUUUGUUUUAGUGUCUACAGAAUGCUUUGUGUAAAUGUGGACAUGAGAAUGCACGCACAAAAGUUUGAAAAACUGAAAAAAGACGCCCAUGUUAAUACUUUUUCACCACCUAUGAGAUGCCACUAGUCAUUUACUGUAGGUUUUUAGGGAAGGGAAUUACUACCAGUGUGCCCACAAGUGUGAGAUUCACACAGAUGAGAGGACCAAAUGAAAGAGUGGCCACGGCUCUUUAUUAGCCAUCACAAAGCCAUCAUUAUAAUCAGAGCCCCAGAGCCCUCUGGGACUUUAUCCUUUUUAUUGAUUUAUCUCAUCUUUUUAUUUUCUUUUCAUUUUUGCCUGAUAUUCACUGAAUGGAGAGCCUUAUUCAGUACACGUUUUUACUUGUAUACCUCAUAUGUUUUAAAAUGUCCAUAUCAUCAUGCAUUUCUUUUUACACAACUGUAUACUAUUGUAUGUACAUAAACAGAAUCAAAGAUCUAAUUAUGUAAAUUUGUCAUUUGUGUAUUUAUGGGAUCACUUUCCAAUGAUUUUUUUUUUGUUGUUGUCUGUGUUUUUCUUCUGUAAAAUUUAUAUUUUUCACUUUUUAUUUAUUUGAUUUUUUUGUUUUCUUGCAUCAGAUGAUUUGCUUGUUAAUUUUAAAAAGCAAUAGCAUGCAGAAAAUGGUAUAUAGCACAAUGGUAUAAAUGUUGUUUAAAUUAGUGAUGGGAAAUAUCAAACACAUCUGUCGACAAAUAGCCGUAAUACAAUUUGUCAGAGGGUUUACAACGAUGGUACCAUGUCUAGACGUGCAUGUUAUGUUCAAUGGCAUAAGAGCAUGCAGACAGGUACACACUCAAACACUCUCUCUCUCUAUGUUUCACACACACAGACAGACUCUCACACACAUAUCCACAUACACUUUACACACUGAGCAUCCCAGUUAGCCAAGGUUAAUUGUGUUCGUCACUGAAAAUACCUGUUAGGUUGAGGUUACGAAUUUACCAUCAAGAUACUCUCACUAACAAGCUGGGACCACUGCCUAUAUUUGCACACACACGCACAUGCACACGCACACACACAUGCAGACACACAUGCAGAUACAAGAGAGGAUGAAAGCAAUUAUCAAUUCAAAUGUUCUAUGCAAUGACUCAUUUUGAACCUGGAAAUGAUUCAGCCUAAAACAGUUUAUUAUCAUCAUUGUAUUCACAAAAAACAACAAAAUUAUGAACUUAAAUAGUAAAAAAAAAAGGUCAUGAAAAUGUUUUUACUUAGCAACUUGUCUGUAUGAAUUUGAAUAUUGAAUAUUGAACUAGAAUUGUUUUUAUUUUUCGUGGCAUGUUUUGACCCCUCACUCCCCACAAGGGGACUUGUUGCCAAAGGGUAAACUGUGUAGACUGUCGGUUUUGAAUGUUCACCAUCAUGUUGCUUUGAAGCAUGGGUUUGCUUGGCUUUGUCUGGCUGUUCGUAAGCCCUCAUUCAGUUUUUGUGCGUUUUGGCUGACCUGGGCUCCUCAGUGUUUGGCUUGCAGUGACUGUCCGUGCUGCUAUAAACCUGUGAUACAGAUGGUCAGCACUUCUCAUUAAUAUGUGUCAAUGUACAUAUUGGGUGUCAGUAUAACCUGUGGGGUGAAUGGAAUGCUUCUAUUGGAUAUUUCAUCGUUGAUUAAACCACUCAGCAGCCAAGCCAUUGGAAAGGUGCAUGAUUAGCUCUUAUACUCUGGAAGCGAGGCAUGUUUUCACCGAGGUUUGCCUAACAAACCUUGACUUUCACAGGCCAAUGUAGAGAAUAUUGAUGAGCAAAAUGUUCAGCCAGUCUUUCACAAAAUCAGGGCAUGUCAUUUUGAAAGCACAAGCCUGACUGGUAGCACUUGCUGCUUGAUGAAACACAGAAAUAUGGAGGAUGCGUAAUAUUGCCUCCAACUGAACUGUGUCAGAUCUGUAAGCUUGUAUCCAAAAAACAAAGAGGUAGAGAUGCUAUCUGGUCGAUAUGAGGUGCAUGAGAUAAAACAGCCUUCAGUGCAGCCGUCCAGAUAAACAGAAAGGCAGACAGACACACAUUCUUACUGUAAAUACAGAUUCAUUCUUCUGUACAGCUUUUGAGUUUUGAGUACGGCUGUCAUGUGCAUCCCCAUGCCGUAUUUGCUGCCAACUUUUGUGUAUAAAAGAAUAUUUAUUACCACAAUAAUGAGGAUGAUGAAACUAAUGAUGAUGACUAUUAUUAUUAUUGCAUAAGCAUAGUGUAUGUGGCUGACUUGUAUUGACUGUUUACGACAGUGGAACAAAACCUGUAUUCAGAAACAUAUCCGGUCUGUGUAGAGUUUCUAUACAUAUUGUGUUUGUAAAACAAGAAGAAAAAACCUCCAUGGCAAUAGCAGAGAAGAAUGCCUUUGUCAGAUUAUCAGGAGGUGUUCAGCGAGAUGGAUGUGAUCUGCACGGUGACGAGGGUUAAGGAAGAAGCAGGAAAAAAUGAAACAAAAAAUCUGGAAAAUGUCAUUCACUGUUGUAAGUGCAAUGGGCAAAACGUCAGUCGUGUAUCCAUUGUGAAACCUUGUGUUCUAUUCAGUGUAUUCCUGUAAACAGAUAGAGUAAAUUUUGGUGCAUCAUGUCAAGUAAUGUGAUUAAUGAAAAAUAUUGACCCUGCAAUUUCCAAACAGAGAAAAGAAUAAAAAGAAAAUGGAAUA